UCUCCCCUCUCCGCCCAGCACAGGCCGCCCGCGUGAUGCCCGCCCCGCCGUGCGCCUCCUGCGGCAAGGCCCGCGCCGCGCUCCGACGCCCGCGCUCCGGGCAGGCGCUGUGCGGCGCCUGCUUCUGCACCGCCUUCGAGGCCGAGGUGCUGCGCACGGUGCUCGCGGGCCGCCUGCUGCCACCGGGCGCCGUGAUGGCCGUGGGCGCCUCCGGGGGCAAGGACUCCACCGUGCUCGCGCACGUGCUGCGCGCCCUCGCGCCGCGCCUGGGCCUCGCGCUGCACCUCGUGGCCGUGGACGAGGGCAUCGGCGGCUACCUGGACGCGGCGCUGGCGGCCGUGCGGCGCCAGGCGGCGCGCUGGGAGCUGCCGCUCACCGUCGUGGCCUACGCGGACCUCUUCGGCGGCUGGACCAUGGACGCCGUGGCCCGCAGCACGGCCGGCUCGGGCCGCAGCCGCUCCUGCUGCACCUUCUGCGGGGUGCUGCGGCGCCGAGCGCUGGAGGAGGGCGCGCGCCGCGUGGGAGCCACGCACAUCGUGACGGGCCACAACGCGGACGACAUGGCCGAGACGGUGCUCAUGAACUUCCUGCGCGGCGACGCGGCGCGGCUGGCCCGCGGCGGGGGCCUGGGCUCGCGGGGCGAGGGGGGCGCCCUGCCGCGCUGCCGCCCGCUGCAGCUGGCCUCGCAGAAGGAGGUGGUGCUGUACGCGCACUUCCGCCGCCUCGACUACUUCUCCGAGGAGUGCGUGUACGCGCCCGAGGCCUUCCGCGGCCACGCGCGCGACCUGCUCCAGCGCCUGGAGGCGGCGCGGCCGUCCGUGGUGCUGGACCUGGUGCACUCGGCCGAGCGCCUGGCGCUGGCCCCGGCCGCGCGGCCCCCGCGCCCCGGCGCCUGCUCCCGCUGCGGGGCCCUGGCCAGCCGCGCGCUCUGCCAGGCCUGCGCGCUCCUGGACGGCCUGAACCGCGGCCGGCCCCGCCUGGCCAUCGGCAAGGGCCGCCGCGGGCUGCACGAGGAGGGGGCCCAGGGGGCGCCGGGGGACGCAGAGCCGGGUGUGGAGGGGGCCCAGGGGGCGUCGGGGGACGAAGAGAGGGACGAGGAGGGGGCCCAGGGGGCACCGCGGGAGCGCGAGAGGAAUGUGGAGGGGGCCCAGGGGUCGUCGGGGGAGCACGAGGGGGAUGUGGAGGGGACCCAGGGGGCGCCGGAGGACGAGGAGGGGGCCCAGGGGCGGCCGGGGGACGCAGAGGGGGCCCCGUCCUCCUGUGACUGCGGGGCCUCCGGGGUCGGGGCUGCCUGUGACUGCGAAUAA